AAUAAAAGAACUGUAAUGUUUUUGAAUAUUCAAACAGAGGUCAACCUUUUUAUUACUGUAUGUAGUUUUUUUUUCGUUUUAAGGAGACCUUUCGGUACAGUUGCCAUAUUGCACAAAACGCGCCUGUACUACAAGUAGCGAUUGUGAAGGGGCAUCCACCUACUGUCAUCCAAAGAAGAAAUCUUGUCUAAAACGAAUAGAUGGGAAAACACAUGUAAACUCGACUGCCUGUCAGGGAACGUGCCCAGAUAGAGAAGUAUUCGGAACAAAGGUUCCACAAUAUUGUGCACUACCGAGCGACGGUUCGGAGACAGGAGUGUGCUUCCUAUCACCCUAUAUUAUUAUCGAAGAAAGAAAUCGCCGAGUAAAUCCCGUUCUCAAGACAUCAUUAAUCAUUUCAAUUGUGAUGACACUGAUUUUCGCAUUUUUGGCGCUAAUCAUGUUUGUGAACUACCGCUCGAAGAACUUCUGCGACAAAUACACUCCGAAGAAGAAGAAGGGCAAGAAGGGAAAAAAAGGAAAAAAAGAUGAUACUACUACUGGAGGAAAGUCAACAAAAGGAGAUACUUCUUCUAAAAGUGCCAUGAGUGGCACCAGUGCGACUGGCACAAGUGGCACUGUAGGUGGAGGAACUCCUGGUGAUGGAGCCACAGGAGAGACCUGUGCCAGCAUUAUGUUUUGUGGCACGUUUCGUGGUUCGGAGCAAUUGCGGAUAUUCCAAACAAGGACGAGGCUGUUAAAUUCUAUUGCUGAAAGACCAGUGGUUAAAGGCACUGGUCCCAUCAAAUUCCAUGUGAUCGCUCUACAAGGGACGAAAAGCAAGAAAACCGACAUGCCUCUAUUAAAUGAUGGGACUCUUGUCAUUCGUGAACUGAAAUUUUCUCUACGAAAUGUCGGAGACGUUGGCCUUGUCGUACACUCAUAUAUUCUCAUCUGGUCACCUUAUGCAGAGUCCUAUCAACGCGCUUAA